CUGCAUUCCCUAAUGACCAGAUUCGGCAGCCUUGCACCAAAGACCAAGAACCUGAUUGUUGCAGGUGGGUUGUCAGGCUUUGUUCUUGGGGUUUACUACUACACCAUGAGAGCGGUUGGGGGCACAGAUGAGCUGCAGGUUGCUAUCGACAAGUUCGAACAAGCCAAGAACAAAAAGGAGGCUGAAACAACAUCCUCUGCUGGCUCCUAGUCCUGUGCAGUUGUCAUUAAUGUUGGAAAGGUAUAACUCAUUAGAAUGUUGUAAAGACUUGGCAGCCGUGAGAUUAUGGCCUGGUGACAUGCUUUUGGAAGAUUGUUAGUACUUAAUAAUGCAGAGUUAUGUUCUAUGACUCCUAUAACAAUAUGAAAGAUUCCAUGUGAAUGCCCUGUUCUUUGUUAUUAUUGUUUCCAAGCCAUUGAAGCUUAUUCUCAGUUA